AUGUCCUUUAUUCAGCCAUUCCGAACUAAAGUUAUCAAACAGGGCACCAUAUCAAAAACUAUUCGAGGUCGUUCCUCUUCCGCGUCAACUUCUUUUCGACACUACUCGACUAAGCAGCUUGCAAAAGACUUUGCUCAAAGUGUCAACAACCGAAAUGGCACCAUCCAAGACGAUCUGAUCUUCGCCUUGUGCAUGUUGAAACGACAACUCACAUUCUCAUCCUCGGUGUUUGUUUCGCAUUGGCUAAAGCACCUCGAUCAGUCCAUCGAUCCAACACCUCUUGUUGCCUUCUAUCGCCUUGCGUCUCGAUUGACAAGUAUUCUAUCACUAUCGUGUUUACUUCAACAAGCCGACAGCGAGUGGGUCUGCUCCCAAUGUUGUAUGCUGUUGAAGGCACAGCAGAUCGAUGUUCUUGCAGAUUAUCUGGAAGCGAUGAUGUCAAUGGGUGAUUCAAUAGGCUUGAUCUGGUUAAAUCGACUAUGCGCAAAAGAUCGAAACGAUUAUUGCUCAUGCAGGCCUGUGCAAUCGCCAUCCAUGUUGAUCACAUCUUUGCAAGUGCUACAAGACCCAAAAAAGAUCCCAAGAUUGCCGAUGAACAAGCGACGUGAUAUCGUUAUACAAUUCAUGCAACACGUGGAGGAGACACCCGAUAUCAGUGACUGGGGAGUAAUGAAGAAGCGGUUGUGGCAUGGUGCGAUGCGAUGGAAAGACGAUUCAUUAUCACACCUUCUUGCGUCCUGGUAUGCUGAAUGCGGUUCUUUGGAAUGGCCUCGAUUAUCCCUUCUGCUGUUGACACAAAAGCCCACAUUACCACUAUUAUUGAUUUACAUUGGAGCAUGCCAGCAAUUGCAACAAGCCUCUCACCUUGCUCGUGCAGCUGAACUAUUGGGGAGCCUUGAUACUUCUCUCCGCAACAUCCUAUCCCGUGGAUUGCCUCGACAAGAAUUCCAGAUGCUGCUGAUGCUGGUUCAAAUUUGUCUAUCCUAUCUAAGUGAGCUACUGGGAAUGAGUUAUCAAGGAUGGUUUCAGCAUAAAUUCCUUGAUCCCAAAACCACGUGCUUUGAAAACAACAAAGGAGCUUUCGAUUCAUUCAUAACGCUAUUGGAAGAGAUGAUACCCACUGAAAUGCCAGCCAUCUUACAGAUCCAAGGUAAAGCAAUGAACAAUGCCAAUCAACAAGGUCCUCCACGGCAAUAUGUUUCGAUGGUAAAGACACGACUUAUGGAACUUGGGGUGGAUCAUACGUUACGCCAAUACCCAUUAUCAUUACAACAUCCGCUCCUGGAUAGUCAAACACAAGAGAUGGCAACAAGCAGCAGCAGCAGAAGCAGCAGCGUGGAAGACAUUAUUGAGCAUGCGAUGGAUUUAUUUGAACGUGAUCAAUGUAUACCCAAAGACCUCUGGGAGAACGCUAUCUUCAAGCCUCGGUGGUUCAAAAUGACCUUCCUACCAGCUUUCAUUGUCUAUCCUCAUCGUAAGCAUACUCGAGAUGGUUUGAUAGCAGCCCUCCAUGACAAGAAAAAGAUACCUCCCAACACGUACAAAGAAUAUCUCCGUAUGAAAUAA